CUCGCAAUCAACGUCUCAGUCGUAGUAGUUGUGGUCGACAUGGUAAAUGAACCAUCCCCUAGGAUCCUCGAGUGAUAGGCGCACAACCUCCCCCUCGAGGGAAUCUCCCCAUUUCUUAUAAAGUCGCCAACGAGAUGAAUAAUGAAAAGGGGGGCGAACGGUUAUGAACGGCCACGCAAACCCCACGCCCAGUAGGAGCACAAGGAAAAGGACCAGAUGCGUUCUGACGUACGUUGCGGUAUGUACGUACAGUACACUCCUACAUCUCAGGCAGCUCUCUUCCUCGCCUGAAGAUGCAGACGAAAGAAGACGAUCAAACAGCGCAGGAAGCCCACUGUCGGAUUCCGAUAAUAGUCUUCCGGCCAGUCAUGUGCGAAUAUCUCGCUGCCGCGUCCUGCAAUGGAACAAUGAACUCGCAGGAGUAUAGACCCGAAUCAAGGUCGAUUUGCAGGAUUGGCCACGUCAUUCCCGUGGUUUCCCCCCUGAAUGAGACUGUUCCGGGAGAUUUGGUAUCUUUGACGACAAAGGCGAUCUAUCUAUUCUCCAUGGUUUGCGAUCGUUGUUGGUUCCGGACCUUGAGGGUCACCAGAGUGUGCCAGUGGGAUCUUGUUGGGCGUCGUUGGGGCGGUUUGUAUGCAUCACGAGUCGUAACAUGGGCAUUUUUCUUAAGACGGCAUUGUCAGGAUAAUUGGACGCCCGCUCUUGAGUCCGUUUCGAAUCGGCCCAACGGCUCCCAAUCUGGAGGCUACGCGGGUAGCCGAUUGACUUGAGAUAGCGAACAGCAGGGAUGGACAAUGACCAAGUGGGUAGCGU